AUGAAGAAAAAAGUUAUAGAUAAAGAAUUAAAUUGGACGGAAGAUUCAAUAAACGCACUAGGCGUUUACAAAAUAAUAACCCAAAUUAUGUGUCUGUGGCCACUUGAAUCGAGAACUAUUUGCUGGACAAUACGUGUUACUCUAUUAAUUAUUUUUUUGAUAUUGUCAUGUAUAUUUGUAAGUAAAGAAAUGUUAGAACAUUGUGGAUCAAUGAAAGAUCGCAUUUUACUAUCAGCACAUUUAAUAACAUCAAUAACAUCUGUUGCUAAAAUAAUAAUACUAAAUUUAAACCGUAAAAAUCUAUCUACAAUUAUAACGAAUGCAGUUGACGAUUGGGAAAAAACAAACGAUGUUGAUUUUAAAAAAAUAAUGAACCGAUAUGCGUUAAUCAAUCGUACAUUGCUCUAUAUGAUGCUAUCACCGGCAUUGCUUUACGUUAUCAAAGUAACCAGUGACCGCAUGCCUUACACCCUAAUAAUUGAUAAUGACACUAUAUUGUCAUGUAUAUUUGUAAGUAAAGAAAUGCUAGAACAUUGUGGAUCAAUGAAAGAUCGCAUUUUACUAUCAGCACAUUUAUUAGCAUCAGUUACAUCUAUUGGUAAAAUAAUAAUACUGAAUUUGAACACUAAAAAUCUAUCUACAAUCAUAACGAGUGCAGUUGACGAUUGGGAAAAAACAAACGAUGUUAAUUUAAGAAAAAUAAUGAACCGAUAUGCAUUAAUUAAUCGUACAUUACUUUAUAUGAUGCUAUCACCAGCAUUGCUUUACGUCAUCAAAGUAACAAGUGAUCGCAUACCUUACACCUUAAUAAUUGAUAAUGUCACAGUAUUAAUACCUUUCACCUCACUUGUUUACAUAAAGGAACAGAAAAUAAUGGAAGCUGUUGUAAUAACUGCAGCUAUUUCAUUGAAUGUUUCAUUUGAAUUAUUUUUGUACUGUUUCGUCGGGGAAAAAUUAACCAACGAAGUAGACAAAUCGUCAUUCGCAAUGUACAGCACAAGCUGGUACAAUUUAAAACCAAAUGUAUGGAAAAAUAUAAUGUUCGUUACUUUGAAAUGCAGUAAAGAGUUCCGUAUAACAGGCGGUAAAUUAUUUAAAAUGAAUUUAGAAAAUUUUAAGACUAUUGUUAAAACUCUUGGAAGUUUUCUUUCAGUUAUACGUUUAGUAGUUUUUGAAUAA